ACUGCCCUACAACAGACCGGAAAUCGGGGUCGCACCCGCGCGGGCUUCUGACGUCACUCCCCCCGCGACUUCCUGCGGAGGACAUGGCGGCUCUCAGCGGUGUCCGCUGGCUGACCCGGGCGCUGGUCGCCGCCCCGAAUUCCGGGACAUGGAGGAACCUGUGUACCUCUGCCGUGGCGCACGCCGCCUGUCGAAGCCAGGCUGAGGACAUGAGGGUGGAGGGCGCCUUUCCCGUGACCAUGCUGCCAGGCGACGGCGUGGGGCCUGAACUGAUGCACGCUGUCAAGGAGGUGUUCAAGGCUGCCUCUGUCCCAGUGGAGUUCCAGGAGCAUCACCUGAGCGAGGUGCAGAAUAUGGCAUCUGAGGAGAAGCUGGAGCAGGUGUUGAGUUCCAUGAAGGAGAACAAGGUGGCCAUCAUUGGAAAGAUCCAUACCCCGAUGGAGUAUAAGGGAGAACUGGCCUCCUACGAUAUGCGACUGAGGCGUAAGUUGGACUUGUUUGCCAAUGUAGUCCACGUGAAAUCGCUUCCUGGGUACAAGACUCGACACAACAAUCUAGAUCUUGUGAUCAUUCGAGAGCAGACAGAAGGGGAGUACAGCUCACUGGAACAUGAGAGUGCGAGGGGUGUGAUUGAGUGCUUGAAGAUCGUCACCCGAACCAAAUCUCAGCGGAUUGCCAAGUUUGCCUUUGACUAUGCCACCAAGAAGGGGCGGGGCAAGGUCACAGCUGUUCACAAGGCCAACAUCAUGAAACUUGGGGAUGGGUUGUUCCUGCAGUGCUGUGAGGAAGUUGCUGAACUGUACCCCAAAAUCAAGUUUGAGACAAUGAUCAUAGACAACUGCUGCAUGCAGCUGGUGCAGAAUCCUUACCAGUUUGAUGUGCUGGUGAUGCCCAAUCUCUACGGGAACAUUAUUGACAAUCUGGCUGCCGGCUUGGUUGGGGGAGCUGGUGUGGUCCCUGGUGAGAGCUAUAGCGCAGAGUAUGCGGUCUUUGAGACGGGCGCCCGGCACCCAUUUGCCCAGGCAGUGGGCAGGAACAUAGCCAACCCCACAGCCAUGCUGCUGUCAGCUUCCAACAUGUUGCGGCAUCUCAAUCUUGAGUAUCACUCCAACAUGAUUGCAGAUGCCGUGAAGAAGGUGAUCAAAGUUGGCAAGGUGCGGACUCGAGACAUGGGCGGCUACAGUACCACAACCGACUUCAUCAAGUCUGUCAUCGGCCACCUGCACCCCCACGGGGGCUAAACCCCUUUAUUCCCUCCAACCUCACAAGGACCAUACUACCUACACCUCCCUUCAGUACAGUGGACCAGAGAAGAGCUCUUAAACCUUUUAGACCAUAAUCAUCUGGGCAGAGCCUAGGUUGUCCUGGGGCUGGCUUCCUUAGGGACCCGUGUAUUACUAGGUGGGGGUAGGGGGCCGCCUAGGGAUGGGGCCUAGGCCACAGGGAUGAUGACCAUUCUCCCCUACAGGUUCGAACUUCUGACAUGGGUGGCUAUGCCACCUGCCAAGACUUCACUGAGGCGGUCAUUGGUGCUCUGCCUCACCAGUAGGUCCCAUCCACACCCAUAGCCAUGUAAGGUGUUCAAUAAAACAAAUAUACGGA